GGAUUUGUAUUAGUGUACAGUGUAACAUCAAAGAGAUCAUUCCACCUUGUACAAAACAUGAAGAGAGACAUAGAAAGAUUCAGGGGGCGUGAUUUUCCAAUUGUUGUGAUCGGGACAAAGGUAGAUCUGAAGGAAGAAAGAGAAUGUGAUCGACAGGUUGUCACUCAAUGGGCUGAUYUUGACAAAGCUCGCUUAUUUGAGGUCUGUGUUGGCGACAGGAAGAGUCUUCACGAACCAUUCACGUGGCUGGCUAAAAGGAUGAUUUCAUGCGCAGGAAAAAGCUACCUUCCCUCUUCGUCUGAAGGCAAGAUGAAAUUCUUAUCGAUCCGAAAAAGCAACAAAUCGUUAUCUGCCUCGAAGGACUCUAAUUUAGAUAUCACUUGAGCAUUGGUUGGCAUGGUUUCCUUGACAACGAUGAACAUUUGUUACCAUGGCAACAGCUGUCAGCUUUUACCAUUUUCAAUAUACACAAAUAGACUGCUUGUCUGGAUAAGGUGGGGGCCAAUCAGACGGCCAAUCAAUGAUUUAAGAUUAAAAGGUUGAUUUUUGAGAAUGAAAUAUAUUUCUAAAAUGACUAGAAUUUAUGCAGAAUUGGACAAUAUAURAAUCUACAAUACUGAUCACUGAUCAAAAAUUUUGAGAAAACAUGCACCAUUCUCUAAGCAGUUUUCAAAGUUGAAACACGUUAUGAAAACUAUCAUCGUUUUAAUAAGAUAUUAUAACAAGUGCUGCGUAAAGCGCUUAAAGAUUUAUAUAAACACAUUAUUAAUACAAAUAUACUGAACUAUACUUCUAGCUUAA